AAUGGCGUUUACUAAAGCCUUUGUAUGACGGGUAUUACUAGCGGGUAUUACUAACAAUGUGCCGGAGUGGACCAAUGCGUCGCCAGACCGCCGCCUAGCGCGCGCCGGGGAGGACGGAGGAUUUCUGGGUUCCUACAAAAAAAACACGCAGGGCAUUUCAGCCCAUGGCCAAGAGGAGUGGCAUGAAAGCAAAACUAAAAGGCGCAGUUUAGUGAGCAGCAGGGCGUUGACCAGUGAGGAUGGUCCUUGCCGGUCAUGGAUUACCCAGCGAACAUGCUUUGAGUCUCUGCAAAACCGCCAGAUGGACCUGCACUGCCGUUUUGCUUUUUCCUCUGUGUGCCUGAUGGUAACUUGCCUCCUGCAGUCCAGGCACUGCUCCACCGACAAAAUCAAUUGUCCGUGUCCACAAAUUCCCCCAAGGCUUCUAACUCUUCCACCAGACACAUGCUUCCAAAUUGACCAGACUUUUCGCUACGUGUGCCAAGAAGGUUAUUUGAGGAAGGUUGGAACUUCCAAUUUAAUCAAAUGCAAGCAGGAUGGCAAUAAUCCUCCAGAGUGGAUCCCUCAUGAACCCUCCCUCAAGUGUAUACCUGACCCGAAGCCACAACCACCAAAGAGCACGGUAACAACGCGAUCCGCUCAUUGUUGUUCAGCUGAACCAAACACAACCACAACACAACAAGCAGAGAGCACGGUAACAAAGGGUCGUGCUGUCAUUCCUCACAGCUUCACCAUUGCCAACACAGUCACAGCCACUUCCUCCGGCCCACAGACGACCCAGAAAUUAAGCCCCUCGCCUUCAGUUGCUGCAGAGCCAGACAGGCCAGAGCCGACCCCAUUGGGUCUGCUGGCCCUGCCAGGUCCCUCACAGGCAGCAACAGAACGAGUCGUGACCGAGACCGAAGCGACACUAUCGACCUCAUCCACCGCUGCACCUUUGAACGGCUCGACACACAACCCUCAGGCGUUCCCCCCCGCCGCCCACACCGCCGUCGGCUGUGGCUCGUUGGCGAUCGUCUGUGCUUCGAUGGGGAUCGGCUUCUUUUGUCAUAGAAGGAGGUCGAAAAGCCACACCCUAACCCCAGAAGAGCAGAUGCCCAUGAACGGCGUUCAGAGCGACAAAGAGACAGCGUCAAACUCUGCGACAUCGCAGUGAACCCACUUGAUCUUCCAGAUGUCAAGGAUCCGAUUCAGGCCGAUUCCACCGACACCCUGAAGGAAAGGGAGGACCUGUGAGUGCCUGAUAUCACAUGCAACCUCCCCAGUCAUCCUGAAGGAAAACACUCUUGCUAUUUCGUCCUUAACUGUCAGUUUAGUGUAAACUCACUCCUAUGAAGUGGAGGCGGCACUGCGGGUUGGAAUCCGUGAGCCGGACGGCUUCGCCGAAGACAGUGACGUUGCAUCUCGACAAGAUGGCCGUCUUCCCCGGGCAAAGACUCACACCCUCCAUCAAGGCUGCCCGAACGUUGUCUGCCGCCUCGUCACACACUCCGCCUGCCUCCGCCAACAAACAAUGCAGGAUUUUCUUACUGAGACAACUUUCAGGGUCACAAAGCAUCCAUAUUUUGGAAGAAGCGUACACGUUUCCAAGUUACCUUUCUGCUUUCCUCCCACCAGAAUUUUCUCCACUCUCUUGCACUCUUUCAGUAUGGUAGCACCCACGUAGGCGAUCUCGGCACCGAACCGAAAGCUCUGAAAAGAGACAUCAGAGGCGUGUUGCUUCAGUUCUUUUGUUCACACUGAACUGCUGAGAGUUACAACCAUUUCUACACACGACUUGCAGAAUAUUAAUAAACAACUGUUUGCUAUGUAAA